AAUGCUGCCGGUGUACCCGGAGGUGAAGCCCAACCCGCUGCAGGACGCGAACCCCUGCUCGUGCGUGCUUUUCUGGUGGCUAAACCCCUUGUUUAAAAUUGGUCGUAAACGGAGAUUAGAAGAAGAUGACAUAUACCCAGUGCUUCCGGAAGAUGGCUCCAGGCACCUUGGAGGAGAGCUGCAAGGGUACUGGGAUCAAGAAGUUUUGAGAGCCGAGAAGGAUGCGCGGAAGCCUUCUUUAACGAAAGCAAUCAUGAAGUGUUACUGGAAAUCCUAUUUAGUUUUGGGAAUGUUUACAUUUCUUGAGGAAGGCACCAAAGUGGUUCAGCCCAUAUUUUUGGGGAAGAUUAUUAAUUAUUUUGAAAAUUAUGAUCCCACCUAUUCUAUCACUUUGUAUGAAGCCUACAUCUACACCACAGUGCUGAGUGCCUGCCUGCUGGUCUGGGCCAUCCUGCACCACUUGUACUUCUAUCACAUUCAGCGUGUGGGGAUGAGGCUAAGAGUAGCCGUGUGCCAUAUGAUUUACCACAAGGCACUUCGCCUGAGUAGCUUGGCCAUGGGGAAGACCACCACAGGCCAGAUAGUCAGUCUGCUGUCCAAUGAUGUGAACAAGUUGGAUCAGGUAACGAAGUUCUUGCACUUUCUGUGGGUGGGGCCGCUGCAGGCUAUUGCAGUGACCGCCCUGCUCUGGAUGGAAACAGGAAUAUCAUGUCUUGCUGGGAUGGCGAUUUUAAUUAUUCUUCUGCUUUUACAAAGCUGCAUUGGGAAGUUGUUUUCAUCACUCCGGAGUAAGACCGCAGCUUUCACAGACGACAGGAUCAGGACCCUGAGCGAAGUUAUAACUGGCAUCAGAACGAUAAAAAUGUGUGCUUGGGAAAAGCCAUUUGCAGACCUUAUUACCAGCUUGAGAAGGAAGGAAAUUUCCACGAUUCUGAGAAGUUCCUACCUUAGAGGAGUGAGUUUGGCAUCAUUUUUCGCUGUAAGCAAAGUAAUGGUCUUUGUCACCUUCAUCACCAAUGUGCUCCUGGACAACGUGAUCACAGCCAGCCAUGUGUUUGUGGUGGUGACGCUGUACGAGGCUGUGCGGUUUACAGGCACCCUCUACUUCCCCAUGGCCAUCGAGAAGGUGUCAGAGGCAGUUGUCAGCAUCCGAAGAAUCAAGAACUUUCUGUUACUUGAUGAGCUAUCACAAUGCAACCCUCAGCUGCCAUCAGAUGGUAAAACGAUAGUGGAUGUGCAGGAUUUCACUGCUUUUUGGGAUAAGGCAUCAGGAACCCCAGUCCUACAAGACGUUUUUUUUACUGUCAGACCCGGUGAACUGUUAGCUGUGGUUGGACCUGUGGGAGCAGGAAAGUCGUCACUGUUAAGUGCUGUGCUGGGGGAGCUGCCCCCGAGCCAGGGGCUGGUCAGCGUGCACGGGAGGAUCGCGUAUGUUUCUCAGCAGCCCUGGGUGUUUUCAGGAACUGUGAGGAGUAAUAUUUUAUUUGGGAAGAAAUAUGAAGAAGAACGAUAUGAAGAAGUAAUAAAGGCUUGUGCUUUGGAAGAGGAUUUACAGCUUUUGGAGGAUGGAGAUCUAACUGUGAUAGGAGAUGCAGGAACCAUGCUGAGUGGAGGACAGAAAGCCCGGGUCAGCCUCGCAAGAGCCGUGUAUCAGGAUGCAGACAUCUACCUCCUGGACGAUCCGCUCAGCGCAGUAGAUGCAGGAGUAAGCAGGCACUUGUUCCAACAGUGUAUUUGCCAAGCCUUGCACAAGAAGAUCACAAUCUUAGUGACUCAUCAGUUGCAGUUCCUAAAGGAUGCAAGUCAGAUUCUGAUAUUGAAACAUGGCAAAAUGGUGAAAAGGGGGACUUACUCUGAGUUCCUGAAAUCCGAGGUAGACUUUGUUUCCCUUUUUGAGAAGGUGAAUGAGGAGGCUGAAUCAUCUCCAGUUCCAGGACCUUCCACUCUGAGGAAUCAGACUUCCUUAGAGUCUUCAGUUCAGUCUCAACAGUCUUCCAGACCCUCUUUGAAAGAUGCUGCUCCAGAGGGCCGAGAUAUUGAGAGUGUAGAGGUUACAGUAUCACUGGAGAGCUGUUCAGAAGGAAAAGUUGGUUUUCAGACCUACAAGAAUUACUUCACAGCCAGUUCUCACUGGUUAAUUAUGAUUUUCCUUAUUCUACUAAACAUCACAGGUCAGGUUGCCUACGUCCUUCAGGAUUGGUGGCUUUUAUACUGGGUGAAUGAAUAUAGUGCCCUGAAUGUCACGGUAAAUGGAAAAGGAAAUGUAACUGAGAAGCUCAAUCUGAACUGGUACUUAGAAAUUUACUCAGGAUUAACUGUAGCCACCAUCCUUUGUGGCAUCACGAGAUCUCUGUUGAUAUUCUACGUCCUUGUUAAUUCUUCACAAACUUUGCACAACAAAAUGUUAGAGUCCAUUUUGAGAGCUCCAGUAAUGUUCUUUGAUAGAAAUCCAAUAGGAAGAAUCUUACAUCGUUUCUCCAAAGAUAUUGGGCACAUGGAUGACUUGCUGCCCCAGACAUUUCAGGAUUUCAUCCAGACAUUUCUACUUGUGAUUGGUGUGGUGGGCGUGAUGGUGGCGGUGAUUCCUUGGAUUGCGAUACCUGUGAUUCCCCUUGGCAUCAUUUUCUUUGUUCUUUGGCGAUGUUUCUUAGAGGCAUCACGAGAUGUCAAACGCCUGGAAUGUGCAACACAGAGUGUAGUAUUUUCCCACAUAGCAUCUUCUCUCCGGGGACUCCAGACCAUCCGGGCAUACAAAGCUGAACAGAGGUUUCAGGAACUGUUCGACACAUGCCAGGAUUUGCAUUCAGAGGCUUGGUUCCUGCUUUUGACCACAUCCCGAUGGUUUGCCGCCUAUCUGGAUACUAUCUGUGCCAUCUUUGUCACCACUGUUGCCUUUGGGCCCCUGAUUCUGGUAAAAACUUUGGAUGCCGGGCAGAUUGGCCUGGUGCUGUAUCUCGCCCUCACACUCACGGGGAUGAUCCAGUGGUGCGUCAGGCAAAGCAUCGAAGUUGAGAACAUGAUGAUUUCAGUAGAAAGGGUGAUUGAAUAUACAGACCUUGAGAAAGAAGCACCCUGGCAACACCAGACACAUCCACGGAAGUUCUGGCUCCAUGAAGGACGGAUUUCCUUUUACAGAGUUAAUUUCACAUACAGCUUAAAUGGGCCUCUGGUAUUGAUGGACCUGACAGCAGACAUUAAACCAGGAGAGAAGGUUGGCAUUGUGGGAAGAACAGGAGCUGGAAAAAGUUCCCUCGUUGCUGCCCUUUUUAGAUUGUCAGAACCUGAAGGUAGAAUUUGGAUUGAUGACAUCUUGACAACCGAAAUUGGACUUCAUGAUUUAAGGGAGAAAAUGUCAAUCAUACCUGAGGAACCUUUUUUGCUCACUGGAACAAUGAGGAAAAAUCUGGAUCCCUUUAAUGAGCAUACAGAUGAGGAGCUGCAGAAUGCCUUAGAAGAGGUACAACUUAAAGAAGUCAUUGAAGAUCUUCCUGGUGAAAUGGAUACUGAGUUAGCAGAAUCAGGAUCAAAUUUAAGUGUUGGACAGAGACAACUGGUGUGCCUUGCCAGGGCUAUUCUCAGGAAAAAUCAGAUAUUGAUUAUUGACAAAGCAACAGCACAUGUGGAUCCAAGAACUGAUGAGUUAAUACAAAAAAAAAUCCGUGAGAAAUUUGCCCAGUGCACUGUGCUGACCAUCACACACAGGUUGAGCACUGUUAUUGACAGCAACAGGAUAAUGGUUUUGGAUUCAGGAAGGCUGAAAGAAUAUGAUGAGCCUUAUGUGCUUCUGCAAAAUAGAGAGAGCCUAUUUUAUAAGAUGGUGCAACAACUGGGCAAGGCUAAGGCCACUGCCCUCACUGAAAGAGCAAAACAGGUGCACUUCAAAAGAAAAUAGCCAGAUGUUACUCACAGUGACCAUGUGGUUAUGAACGCUCCCAGUGGACAGCCCCUCAGCCUUAACAAUUUUUGAGUCAGCACUGUGAUUCUACCAUGAGGUCUUGUCUAUUCUGAAGACAUUUCUCCGGUAGUUUUUGCACUGCAAAACUGUAUUGUACUUUUUAAA